CACUGAAAAAGCCAAAACGCCAGGAGGCGCGGUGAGCAGUGCGGCCGCGGGGCAGGUGCUGGAGCGGCGGCUGUUUAUGUCACAAGUUGGCGGCGGCCACGUGCCGGUUGUCAAGGAGGCGCCCGCGCCCCGCCCGCCCCGCCGGGGUGCGGGUGCUCGCGACCCUGCGCAGGGCCGGCUCUAGGCGCCGCUAUGCCCCGCGAGAGCAGGCAGGGCCGGCCGGCUCGCGCUGCACCCUGAGCCGCGGCCCCGACCUCGUCUCGGGCCGAUGAGCUCUGCCUCCUCCGCCCAGCACGUCCCUCCCGGCCUCGGUGUGCCAAGGCGGCCUGCGCCGGACUAGGAGCCAGAGCACCGCGCGGGGUCGCCCCGAGCCGCCGCAUCGCCCUCGAGCUAAGCUAGCGUCUACGCGAGCGGGGGUGGGUCGGAGGAGGAUCAGGGGAGUCUGAAGAGCCCGGCACCGGGGGACGGGGCAGCCGCUGCGUGUGCUGAAGCAGGAAAGCGCCCGCGGCCUGGCGAAGCCCCCGCGGGGCUGGCGAGGCGGCUCGGCCUAGUGUCCUCGCGAGGGUUGCGGGCGGAGAAAGUCAGGUCGCGCGCUGGCGUCUGGGAGGCCGCAGCCGGCGGGGGCGGGGCGGGGCUAAGGGGGCGGGGCUGAGCCUGGCCCGGCGCGUGCGGCCUUUUCGUCUCCGCGUUCGGCCCCGCCCCGCCCCGCGCGGGCCCCGCCCCCUCCUGGCGCGAGCGGCUUCCUGACGCGCUUCCCCUCCCCCCCUCGGGCUUCACGCAGGGAGCCGGGCCCGGGCUGCCGCCGCCGCCGCCGCCGCCGCUGCUUCGGUCGCCGCUGCCGCCUACGUCCUGAUUCCUUCUCCCCCGCCAUGGCGGAGGAGCUCUCCGCGGCCACGUCCUACACCGAAGAUGAUUUCUACUGCCCCGUGUGUCAGGAGGUGCUCAAAACGCCGGUGCGGACCGCGGCCUGUCAGCACGUUUUCUGUAGAAAAUGUUUCCUGACUGCAAUGAGAGAAAGUGGAAUACAUUGUCCUCUCUGCCGUGGAAAUGUGACUAGAAGAGAAAGAGCAUGUCCUGAACGGGCCUUAGACCUUGAAAAUAUCAUGAGAAAGUUUUCUGGUAGCUGCAGGUGCUGUGCAAAACAGAUUAAAUUCUAUCGCAUGAGACAUCAUUACAAAUCUUGUAAGAAGUAUCAAGAUGAAUAUGGUGUUUCCUCUAUCAUUCCAAACUUUCAGAUCUCUCAAGAUUCAAUAGGGAACAGUAAUAGGAGUGAAACCUCUACAUCAGAUAACACAGAAACUUACCCAGAGAGUACAAGUUCUGGGCAUCCCACCUUUAAGUGUCCCUUAUGUCAAGAGUCAAAUUUUACCAGACAGCGCUUACUGGAUCACUGUAACACCAACCACCUAUUUCAGAUAGUUCCUGUGACGUGUCCUAUUUGUGUGUCUCUUCCUUGGGGAGAUCCGAGCCAGAUCACUAGAAAUUUUGUUAGUCAUCUAAAUCAAAGACAUCAGUUUGAUUAUGGAGAAUUUGUGAAUCUUCAACUAGAUGAGGAAACCCAGUAUCAAACUGCUGUUGAAGAAUCUUUUCAAGUAAACAUCUGAAGGCUCGUAGACAUCUCUGUCUUCGUACCUACAAGUGCCAUCUCUAAGGGAAAACUACAUGAAGCCGCCGCCGUUUCAGUAACUUGAUUUGUAUAUUAAUAAAAGUAAUUCAGUCUAUUGUUUUAGUUUUUAAUUGAAAAAUAAAGGUGGGCCAUCGAAAAGCUACAUCAUCUUGAUAAGUUAAACCGUCUUUGAAAGCAUUGAGAGGAGUGUUUUUUCAUUGAUGUCAUAGUGAAAAGGGAGCCUGUGUUGUACAUUAUCUUUUAUAGACCUGGUUUUGUUCUUACUUUGCAUUUGGAAUUUGGUGCAGUUCUUCCCAUUGCUGUUUGUACACAGUUAACACACAGGAACAAAUUCUGAAAGAUGUGAUUGCUAUUAACUUAAGAAUCUGAGCCAGUUACUAGAGUUAUAGAAUGGAGACUUGAAGUGUUAAAUGACACAAUCCAAAGGAAAUGUUGAAAAUACAGAUGCUAGCUGAGUAAUUCAGCUGUAGAAAUUGCUUUUAUAUGAUGUUUAGUACUUUUGAAGACUAGUGAAAUUUUGUUAAUACUCUCAAGUUGAAAGCUUAUUGUAAAGAUAAUUCUUUUUGGCUAUUAGAAGGAAAUGUUAAAAGUGUCUCUGGUGGACAGUUGAUAACUUCAGAUUUUUGUGGGGAAUAGUAAGCCAAACUAUAUGCACUUGGUCUCAGAAUUUUCAAUAGCUAGUAUUUCUGAUUUGUUAAAAAUAAACUUUUCUUAGAAUGAAAAUUUCAGUGGGUGAUAAUCUACAUGCCUAUUUAGAUGAGCAUUUUGACUUCACCUUGGUUUAGUCAUUCAUUCAGACUUAAAGGUGUUUAUAUAGGUGCCCACAUACUUUUGUAUGUGUGUAUAUACACGCCCAUGUAUAAUGCAGUUUGCUAGGUUAUAUACAGAAUUUCUACUAUAUUUAUAAAAUGAAUAAGCAAUAUGGACUUGAAAUGUUUAUCUGAUUUAAGUUUUUGUACACAAAAAUUUUUUUAAAAAAUCAAAUGCUAAGUAAUUGGCUGCUAUUAUACCUUUAAAAAAUUGAGUUUACACAGUUACCUGUUUAUAUGGUGCUUGUUAUUCUCAAAGAUAAUGGGACUAUUUCAUAGUGGAACAGAUUUUACCAACUACCCUGUUUCUCUGCUGUUUAGUCAAAACUGGGUUCUUAGUUUUCAUUGAAAAUUUAAAAAAAACUUGUACUAGAUGGCCCAAAUCAAAGAAUAAAGAGGUAAAGAGUGGGUUAACUGACAUUCCAUUACUAUAUACAUGGUUUAUGCUUUCCUUAAUAUAACUCAGAACAAAAGAAAAUCUCAAGUAGUUUGCUGCUAAUAUAUACAUAUAUUGUAUUAAAAAAGAUAUAUUUUGGUUUUGUUAAAACCCCUGUUGACUUUUCUACAGUGAACAUUUUUUAACUUGAUUUAAUAAAAAUGUUAAUUUUUGAAGUGAA